GCCGCCCAGUGCAGCAACCAGCAGCAUCCAGUGCAUACUCCGCCACCAGCCUCGCCUGACCAUCCAUCAGUGGCUUCCAUGGCCACACACGCUGCAACCUUCGCAUUGCCUCUGUGACAUACGGAUGCCAGCAGCCCUCGCGGUGUGAGCAUCUGCUGAGGCUCGUCUCCCGCCCACUCCCUCACGAACAGCCCUGCCGCCAUGAAACACUUGAAUUCCUCUCAAGCUAGCCGCCCCACCUCCUCUUCCACCCCCGAGACCUCUGUGGAUCUCUCUGUGCGCACCACAGUCGCUCCCGAAAGUCGGCAGUCCGUAUUGGCUGCCGACAAACCGGCGAAAGAGCCUGUACGAAUCAGCUGCGAUUCUUGCCGCAUCAGAAAAAUCAAGUGCUCGGCAGAAAAACCAAUGUGUAUGAAUUGUAAAAAGAAAAGCAAUGCGUGCACGUAUCCCACUUCCAUAAGACGCCGAGGGCCGGACAAGCUGCCAGGAACUCGUGCCACAAAAAGAGAUAGGAGGGAGAAACACCAGCUAGAUCAGCCGCUGGAAGCAACUCUCAGCAAGAAGGUGGAAAUGCCACUUCCAACGGCUCAUCCUCCUUCUGGUAGUGGUCUCGCCCAGUCAUCCGAGACCAUCUCCUCUGACACCUCAUCUUUCUCCAUGCCCCAUGUUCUCCAACUUUCUCAUUCCACAGGCGGCGCUGGCGACGAUUCUGCGCCCAGGCUGCUAGGGUCAACUGAUGUUAAGAGCGACAUGGCAGCAGCAAAACCUGAACCAUCCCCUGGUUCGUCCCGCACGAGCUCAGUGUCGAGCUGCCAGCCUGCCUCGUAUAGGCAAGCUCCCUCACGUUCUCACCCCCAACCCCUCCCAGAGCUGGGCUAUCCCCGAAGUAGUGGGAUACACCAGCUACAGUCCGGGCUUGCGAGCGGGAUCCCCCAUGACCCUUCCUCUCUUGGAACCCCUUCCUACCAAGCAUUCUCCCAUCUAUCUUUGGAGCAGGAGCUUCCUGCACAGCAACCUCCGCUGUCUUACCCUCUAGAAUCCUACCCUUCGUAUAAUUAUAACCCAGGUCCGGCUCUCAAAGCUCCUCUCGCCGCAAACAACAGUGUGACGAGCAGUCAAGAGCUGUUCAAUUCCCAACAUGUCUCCCCUAUAUAUUCAGCACCUCUGGUCUACCCCACGCAGCCGACGUCGCUCGAUACUAUUGGCUCAGAUCCAAUUCCGAUUUUCUAUCCGGGCUUGGAUGGUGGCAUGGGCGCUGCUACCCAGGAAAGCAACCCCGCCAUGGGUCAAUCGGCCGCCUACUCCUCUCUCACAUCCAGCAACAUUUCUGUCUCAUCAUCGAUGGGCCUCCCUCCUGCUGGCAUGGACCCCGCCAUCCAGAUCCUGCCUGCUGGUGUUCAAGGGCUGGUUUGGCAGCCCAUGGCCGAAUCGCAACCUGCGGUGCAAGGCUGUGACAGCAGAUCCAUGCACCUCUGGCCCAAGGUCGCCCAUCAAACGUAUACCUGGCCAGUUGGUACUGUAGAGCCCGUCUUUGAGCAUCCGUACAUGGCACAAGAAUACGGAGAGACUGAAGAGCAGCGAGUGUCACGGCUAUCGAGGAAACGGAAGACGUCGAUGGAGGGUAUAGCAUCAUUCAAGAUGUAUGACGCGCCGGGAAACAUUGGGGCGGCGAGUGAGGGCUGGUGGCGUUGGAUCUUGAGUCAGUACGACACGGAUCGUCGCCUGGCAAUCUCGAAAGUUGUCAAAUCCUGUAACGCUUUGUCAGUCUACCUGUUACUGAAGGCGGUGAAGCUGACUCUGAAAAGUUUCACAGAUUCGUCAAUGUGGUCCAGUUUUCUAAACAAACCCAUGUUCUUCAGCUCUUUGUUGACCAAUACAUCGAGUGACAACGGGACUCCAUCACUUCGCGCUGCUCCUCAUAUCCUGCUAGCCAUACUCUCCCUCGUCACGCUCCUCCAGCAAGGCCACACUCCAGAGGGCCAUGCCCUUGCUCUUCUUUUCAACCGCGAAGCUCAAAGCAUCCUCUCCUACUGCGUCCAGGCUGGCUCCCAGGACCCCAGUCUAAUGGCAGCGGCCAUCGUAAUUGCAAUAUUUGAGACCAUGCCCCACAAAGAUCACAAGGAUGACCGACUCGGAGAUGCGCUGGUGAUGCUGGAUGGUAUCGGUUGUACCGUCUUUUCAAGUCGUCUGGAUGCAGACGAUGAUAGAGUCACGUCAGAUAUGCUCGGGCUACCACGUUUGACGUGGGACGCCGCCGCCUCUGUCAACUUACAGAAAUCUCAAGGAAAGUUGGAUAUGGAUGCGACGGUAGCCAGUUGGGCACAGGUACCUGGCUGGGGCGAGAACUGGUCGCCCGGGGAAAUGUGGAAAGAGGAGAUGAGGAGAAUGUGUUGGACGGCGAGUAGUAUAGCCGCAUCUCACAGUCUUUGGAAAUUUAUGGUGGGGAAGAAGACGCUGGAUUUGCGAAUCAGUCGCCCGGAGAGGUUCCGGUUGUUUUUCCCCGGGGAAAUGGUGUUUUUGGAAGCCGGAGACGACAAACAAGGAAAGACUACUCCUUGGGCACUGUAUCAGCGUCUCAUAUGCUUAUGGCACUUUGUCACCAACAAUCGGCCACUCGAACCGCACUACAGAGAGCAGAUUGUCAAGGAAUUGACAGUCAUUGAAGAAGACAUCCAGAUUCUGGUCCAAGUCGGCGGAAUGAAGGUUUACCUCUGGCAGUCUUUGGACUGGGCGAUGGUUUUACGCCGAAUCCUUGGGGCUGUUGACCCCAAGACACUUGAGAAAUGGUUCCAAGUUGAGCUCAAGUACUUCCACAGUCUGCUUGGGGACAGGGCACUGGUUCCCGGUGUAAAGAGGCGACCCAUGGUCACUUGGUGGAUGCUCAUUGAGGCAUACAGUGCCCUUGAGAUGUCCCGAAUCGACAAGGCGUUCUGGGAUGACGCAGACAAGAUCUACCAUAUGGCCUUGGACAAUGCCCAGGUCAUCAUCGACUAUUGGGACUGCGAGCAUGUCCUGCGUGCCUCUAUGGACGGGCUGCGAGAGAGAUUUCGCCUCAUCCAGCUAGAACGCCAAUCAAUUCUACGGGCCGAAGGGCGUAUCGGGAUUGUGCGAGGAUAACGAGCGGCAAGACGAUGAGGGAUGUGGUAUGACCAGCUGCUGCCAGCGCGUCUAUUACUGAGGUGUGACUGGCUAGCGUUUGAGGAGAUAUGAAAUUAUGAUUAUGCAUGUACGAGUAGUGGUUUAUUGCAUCGAAACGCUGUGUAAGAGGAGCGGGCGGAACGCCGACGAGAGGCAGGGAGGGCCCUUAUCUGUGUUGUUCCUGGAGAUCAGUGUGUAUCUUCAUAUCCGAA